GCGCGCUGCCCGACGAGCCGGCGCGCGUGGCCGCCGCCGCCGCGCACGACUGCCCCGCCGCCUACCCGCACGUCUUGCACGCCUACGGGUCGCACCUGCGCGAGGCGGGGCUGUGGGAGCUGCUGGUGCUGCUGACGGAGCUGGUGGCGGCCAUGAGCUUCCCGGCCGGCGCCGCCUUCCCGCCGCCCGCCGACGCCGCGCGCGCCGCCGACGCCGAGCGCCGCCUGCUGCGCCUCGAGGACGAGGUCGGUCCGUCUCCGAAGCAUCGAAUACGUCUCCUUUUUCUCGCCACCGACUGUAACGCCUCGGACGCCUCGGCAGGUGCGCGCGAGCGGGCUGCCGCUGGCGGCGCGCUGGGUGCGCGUGGAGCGCGCGCGCGCGGCGGUGCACUGGCGCCCGGCGCGCGCCCUCUCCGCGCAGGACCUGCAGGUGAGCUCUCCCACACCAAAAAGGCUGUUAUCGAAUCAACGACAGAAGCGAUUUUUAUUUUUUAA